GACUUUUUCGGCGUCCGAGUACGGACCGGGACCUUUCUGCACUUCCUCACACCGCUUCUCUCCUCAUCAUUAAACAUGAAAUCCGCCGACAAGGACGAAGACUUUGUGUCCGAGAAGGAGCUGCUGUUCCCGGCGAAAGUACUGAGGAGAACAGGCCGGCAACUGCUGCGUUCACGACUGUAGGACCAGUUUCAGUGCAAAUCCAAGAUCCGCUUCAGACUCGCAGGAAAUGAAGCAAAUCUCAGAAAAGGAGGAGAAAUGAUGAAGAAGAGGGACGAAGAACCGGCAAACUGAACGCGUUCAGGGCCUCUGCAUUGUGGAUUGACAAAUUACAUCUUGGAUUGUUCAAAGGAUUUGCUGAGUCUGUAGAAAAGCCGGAACCUGAGGUUGAGUAACUGCUGCUGUCAGGUUACCACCCUUUACAAGUUCAUACCCAACAACACCAUCAGCCGCAUCCACCUCCUCACCCUCAUCCUCACCAAGUCCCACCUGAGCCUCACUGUGGACCUGCAACAGCACUGCAACAUGAGAAGCUGCUGAGGCCCCCCAAGAGAGCGCGGUGAGAGCAACCAUACAGCUGGCUGUGCAGAGGACGAGUCAGACAGAGGAGCUUUGGGGACGAACUGCAGGAAAUGGCAGUUGAAAUGUUUCGGAAAAAAUCGUCUUCCUCCUUGAGAAUGAGAAGAAUAACAGAAAGUGCUAGAUGGAGCAUAGACCGCGGGCGCAGUUUAUCUUUCCAUGAGGUACGUAGUCAGCGAGAGGCAGAGAUGAGAGCCGCAGCAGAAGAAUCGUCCAACAGCAGCAGCAGCGUAGGAGGUGGCGGCAGCACCACGGUCCUCCAGCGCCUCCUGCAGGAACAGAUGAGCCGGAAUUAUGUACUGCAACAGCAGCAGCAACAAAGUGGAGGAGGGGGUGGAGGACCAGGUGGAGGUGGUGGAGGAGGAAAUUAUGCAGGGCAGGUACAAGUAGGACCUGCUGAUGAUCACGCCAUGACUCCUCACAUUGCGCGGCAGGAGCCCCAAGGACAGGAGCUACAGACGGAUAACGGCCUAGAAAAACUAGGUUCUUCCCGAGUCGCAGGAGGUGGAGGGAGUAGUGGGGGUGGAGGGGGAGGAUUAGGAACAGGAGGAGGAGGAAGCAGUGGUGGAGGUGGUGGGAGCGGCCAAGGACAGGGCCUGAAUCCUGAGGAUCUCCCAACAUAUGAAGAGGCCAAAGUGCAGUCGCAGUACUUCCGCGGCCAUGGUCCUCCUCCACAGCCUCAGCAGCAGAAUGGCCAACCCCAGCAGCCUCCUCUGCCAGCAUCAGUAGGUGCAGCCUUCUACGUCACUGGGGUGACCAAUGCUAAGGUUCGCACGGAGGGGCGCCCAACGGUGCAGCGUGUGAGUGCAGCAGGCAAAGUGCACCAGGAUGAUGGUCUGAAGGAUCUGAAGCAAGGUCACGUACGGUCUCUCAGUGAAAGGCUCAUGCAGCUCUCCCUGGCUACGAGUGGCGUGAAGGCCCACGCUCCUGUUACCAGUGCCCCACUGUCCCCCCAGCUGCCACCGCCUGGACCCCCGGGUGACUACUACAAACCACAACAUCGAGGCCCGCCUCCAGACUACCCUUUUAAGGGCAUGGGCUCACCUUCCAAGCAGCAGGAUCCUGGAGGCCAUUUUUAUCAAGAGCAGAGAGGGAGGGAGCACUCAAGGGAGGUGCCCCAUGUCCGGUAUCAGCCCCCGCCCGAGUAUGGGUCAUUCAGGUCCAUUAAAGAUGCUUCAAUCCAUUCCCAGAGGCCUCUUCAUCAGCAUAGUCCAACCUCCUCUGUUACCUCCAUGGGUUCCUUAUCUCGUGCACAAUCCUCCACCCUCAGCAGCAUGCUCAGCGCCUCCCACGCCUCCCAUCCAUCCUUCCCUUACCAACACCUGCAGGGCCAGGGAGACUUCCUCCCCAGCAUGGGGCCACGUAGUCCACAGGCCCCUGGCUGCCAUCAAGCAGGAGACCUCUUUCCUCCUGGGUCCAUCCACCAACCACUGCAGAGGCUUCACGGUUUUCCUCACGACCCUUACGGCUCCACUCCCAGGAUGCACCAGCAGCAGCAGCAGCACCAUCAGUUGCAGCAGCAGCAACAGCAGUUCCAGUGUCCGCCACCUCCACAGCCACAGCCGCCUGUCCAGGCUGGCCUUUCCCCCCACCCACACUCCUACUCCCACCUGCAGGGGGAGUCUUUUGCCAUGAUGGCACGUGCACACCAGAUGGUGGAUGUGCUGACAGAGGAAAACAGGAUGCUGAGGCAGGAGAUGGAGACUUGCCGUGAAAAAGUCACCAAGUUGCAUAAGUUAGAAACUGAGAUCCAGCUGGUGUCGGAGGCCUACGAAAACCUCGCCAAGUCCUCGUCCAAGCGAGAGGCUCUGGAAAAAACCAUGAGGAACAAGCUGGAGCUAGAGGUGCGCAGGCUGCACGACUUCAACAGGGACCUACGGGAGCGAAUGGAGACGGCCAAUAAGCAGCUUGCUGCUAAAGAGUGUGAUGGCUCAGAAGACAACCGUAAGACCAUCUCACAGCUGCUGACACAGAACAAAGAGACGCUGCGAGAAAAGGAGAAGCUGGAGAUGGAGCUGAAUGCACUGCGAUCCACCACAGAAGACCAGAGGAGACACAUCGAGAUCAGGGACCAGGCACUCAACAAUGCCCAGGCCAAGGUCGUCAAGCUUGAAGAGGAGCUGAAGAAGAAGCAGGUGUAUGUGGAGAAGGUGGAGAGGAUGCAGCAGGCUCUGGCUCAGCUUCAGGCUGCCUGCGAGAAGAGAGAACAGCUGGAACAUCGGCUCCGUACACGGCUGGAGCGAGAGCUGGAGUCACUCCGCAUGCAGCAGCGUCAGGGAGGGUCACAGAGCAGCGGCGCCGUGCCAUCAGAGUACAACGCCACGGCCCUGAUGGAGCACCUGAGGGAGAAGGAGGAGCGGAUCCUGGCGCUGGAGGCUGACAUGACCAAGUGGGAGCAGAAGUACUUGGAGGAGAGCGUCAUGAGGCAGUUCGCCCUGGACGCUGCUGCUUCUGUUGCCACACAGAGGGAUACUUCGGCGGCAGCCAUAAGCCACUCCCCUACCAGCAGCUAUGACACAUCGGUGGAGGCUCGAAUUCAGAAGGAAGAAGAGGAGAUUCUCAUGGCUAAUCGGCGCUGUCUAGACAUGGAGAGCCGGAUAAAGAAUCUUCAUGCCCAGAUCAUAGAGAAGGAUGCUAUGAUCAAAGUGCUCCAUCAGCGCUCCAGGAAGGAGCCCAUCAAGUCGGACGCCCCAUCUGCCAUGAGGCCAUCCAAGUCCCUGAUGUCCAUCUCCAACACUGGUUCUGGUGGUUCAGGACUGCUCUCCCACAGUCUGGGACUCAGCAGUUCACCCAUCACAGAGGAACGCAAGGACACCAGCUGGAAGGGCAGCCUGGGGGUUCUGCUGGGUCCAGAAUUCCGGACAGACUCUCUGAGGACAGAGUCCAUUUCUUCAUCUCCCUCCCCGGUGCUUCCUUCCACCCCGAUGACGGCCGGACACUCAAAGACGGGCAGCAGGGACAGCUGCACGCAGACUGAGAAAGGCCAGAACCAGGACACCAGCAAACCCAGCACCCCGGCCCUACAGAGCAUGACACUGCCGGCCCGCCUGUCCAGUCCGAGUCCCGUCUACAUACCUGACCGCAUAGCAGAUGUGCCAGUGUUCCACAGCAGCACUCUGGAACGGAGGGUCCCCGUCCAGUCCCAUUCACAGCAACAGGCCCCUCCCCCUGCCCCACCCACCCAGCAGGAAGUGGACAGCGACAUGGUGGAGAUCCUCAUUUGAAGUCACGUGUUUCAGCCAAACAAAAUCAACAUCAAGCAGAGCUGAAGGUUUGGAAGAAGUCAGAAUGAUUGACAGACAUGGUCAAAGUUUACAUCUCCAAUCGACACGACACGACGGCCGACUGAUGGUUCAUUUCCUACAAACCCACACUGACGCCAUUAAUGACCAAUUUGUUUUUUGUUGGUUUUUUUGCCAACAUCUUCAGAAAAGAUAGAAACCGGACAUAAAAUGCUGAAUGCUGCUGCUCGCAGUGACGUCACUGCUGUGUUUGAAAUGUCAGCUCUUACACAAACCAGUCAGUACUUUGAACUGUAAAAGUCGAUUGCGGAGGUUUGACAAACUCAUUAGACAUGUCUUCAAUCACAGCGUACUUAUGUAAAUAUUAACUCCAAAAAUCCACUAAAGGACGCAAAAUAGCAAAACAAUGGAGCCACUGUUAAAACUGAAGGCCAACUGUCGACUCACUUUUACGUUCGUAGUGUGCAGACUUGCAGCUGGAUGCCUUAGGAACCUCGGCCUGUGAUUGGCUGUAGAUGGCUGACGUGAAUCCCUAAAUGCAGAGAUUAUCUUUUGUUACGAGGUAUGAUGCAGAAAUGUUCAGCUGGGUUUCAGCUGAGACGUCCGGCAGCUUGUGGCUUGACGUGUUUGAACGCGUGACGAAGAUCUCGUUUCUGUUUAUGGACCAAAACUAUUGCCUGCAUUUUUGUUGCAUUUAUUGCACAACGUAUUUUUAAAAUGAUGUUCAUAUUUUUGGACCACAGUUACACACAGCACUUAGGUUAAGGCGACAUUGUAGUUUAUCUUGUAAUCAUGUUAUGCAUCUCAGUCGUCGUGUUUCACAUUAACCAUCGCCAGGAUGUUUGUGGCCGCUGUCUUCCUGGAUUUCAAACAGCCAGUUCUCACAAAGUAACUACUGAAUCCCUCAAAUACUUUAAUGUUGCCCAAAAAUAUAAUGAUGAGGAGCGGCUAUGACCAAACACAUUGUUGAACAGGUAAUUACAAAUCCAAAUCUUACAAAUGUUGUUGGUUUUCAUAUUCACAAAGUGCCCUUCUGGAUCAGUCGACUUCCUGCAGACUGAUUCAGUCGUUGUGAACUUGCUGCAACAGGAAGUGAUGUCAUAGGUGCUGGAUGAUGAUAUGGAGAUGUUGGUGAGGUAUAGCUAAGCCAGAAACACACCAGAUGUGUUGCACUUGUGUGGUGGCUGUGGAGCGUCUUGAUUUUCGUUUCGGUGUAGAUGUUAACAGGUUUCAAUGUGCACGCCGUCUGCAUAAAGGAAGCAUCCUGAAUGUGUUUCACAUCACGGCUGUCAUACCUCUGUAGAGAUUUGGGACGGCACUGAUUUUUUUUUGUGAAAAGAUAGUCUUCAGAUCAUUUCUGUCAUUUUGACAUUAUUCUGCUAACACUAAAUAAUGAACAUCUUGUAUUGCCAUUUCUAUGUCUGGAGAUAAGAUCACAGAUAUGAAAAAUAUAGGUAGAAUUAAAAAAAAAAUCAUUUCACUGAUUGGGAAAAACUCACAUCUGUUAUCUGGUUAUGAUCAACUAAACUCACAAAUACCUCUGUGACCCCCAAGACAUAAAAAGAAAAAGCUCUUGGGUCAGAUGGAAAGCCUAUAUGUAUUUAUACACUUAUGUUUCUGUAUUAUAACAUGUUGAACACGACGUGUGCUUCGAGGGAGGUGCUGUCACGUGACCAGUGGUAUGUUGUGCGCUGGUUUAAACAAAUAAACAAAAAACAGCUGAUUAGCGCUCUGUAAAAUCAGUUCCAAAAAAAAAAAAACAGCUAUUCUACAGAAGAUGGAUGUGGGGGCGAAAGCCAUUAUCAGAGACAAAUGAUGUGGGAAGACUGAGCUGUCUCGACCAGCAACACUACAAAAACACUGCUAGUGUGAAUACAUAGAUGCGACAGCUCAAAUUCUACGUGCAUACAACACAUCUGGUGUAAAACAAGUGUUACCUGUGCCUUAUUAUUGUGGAACGCACAAGAAACCUGCUGUGGUGUUCCACCAAUGAGAAAGACAACCAUCCUUUCUCUUUCAUUUGGACAUCAACAUAAAACGAACUACUCUGUAAUGUGGGCGCUAGCCUGGAUUAUUUAUGCAUCAAAGUUUAAAGGAUUAGCCAACAAGGAAUCCACAACCGUGUGAAACAGAAAAUUAUGCAGAUUAUGAAAUCUGUCAGAAGAACCUCAAAAUAAAACCUGUUGAGAGUUCUCAAAGCAUACUGCAGGAAUUAUUUAAAAUAAAUCAUUAUAAGGUUUUUCUUUUUUAACAAUAUAACUUUCUCAUUGAUUUUCUUUAAUGAAUAUUUACCAGCUGUAGCCAGUGUGACUUGUGUUUAUGUCUAAACUAGAAGGUUCACACUGAGAGUGCUCAUACAUCUGCCAAGGUCAUAAAGUAACACAACAGGGGUUUGUCAUCAGCAUAUGGGUAUAUGUUUGUGAUGUCAUAAGGCAAGUUCUAAAAUACCUGGAAGGACCUGAAAAGGAAAUAUAUCUCACUGUUGAAGAAUUGAGAAACUUUCAACAAAUACAUUGAAUUAAAUCAGAUUUACUGUUUUCUUGUUAAUCUGAGACAGCCAAAAUUGUGUUGUUAAACUGGGUUACAAACAUCAAAUACAGUUACAGUUUUUGUGAAACAUAGUGAGACAUUAUUCUCACUCUGGUUCAUGUGUGAUCAGAAAACAUCCUGUCACGUUGACUCUGAGGCAUUUGCUUGUGUUUUAAUUCUGCUUUUCUCAGAAAUGUUAGAGGAAAAUCUUGUGACGUUGUAGGUGUCGCCAGUGUGAUCUCACUGACUGGGGUCAUGUGGAGCAGAGCCUUUAACGCAGGACGUGUUUGGGUUCUGUAGGUUGUCUGAGCAGAAGGUGGCUUUUCAAGUUUAUCGGGCUCACUGUGGUGGUAAACAUUAAGGGGCCUGUCUCUGUUAAUAGCACAGGGUUUAAAGUCGAUAGCAUGAGGUAAUUUUGGGCAUGUCCAGCUCCACUUUGCUAUUUAUGCAGUGCAUAAUCUGAGCACAAAGUACAGUGCAUGGCACAAAGGCGCGUUUGCAUUCUGCUGCGUCACGAUAGCAGUACACCAGCGCUGCACCUGACUGUGCCUCAUUUUAACACCAACACGCUCAUGAGUUCACAGAGGAGUGCAUGUAAAAAAAAACUUGCUCUUUAAAGAACGUGAGUGCAGGGAGUGAAAACUGUCGAUUGGAAACAAGCAACGAAACCUGUGCAGUUUUCUGCCAGGUGGAAGAGCAUCCGAAAUGUGGAAGAAGCUGCAUUAGUCGUACAGAUGCAACAUUAGUACGUAUUUACUGUUUAAAUGUACGUAUUUCAAGUCCGCGUUACUCAGCAGUUUGUCUAGUGUUCAAGGUUUCCAGUUCAUUUCAAGUGCCCGAUGGUUGUGUAUAACGUUUUGUACAUUGUUCACUUCACACUUGUUUUACUGCACCUUCUGUCUGUUAUCAUCAAAUCAAACGCUGAGACGUAUCUGCAGACGUCCUUCGACAGGUCUGAGGUCUGCUGUUAAAUGGCAAAAUGUUCAUGUCCAGCAUAAGAUUUAAUCACCACCACCCCUGCCAUGGGCUCAUAUUCAGAGGAAAUGUUUAGUCAUCGUAAAUUGAACAACGUACUGGUUUCACUUUGCAGCCACCGACUCUGUAACACUUUUUGCUUCACAUUGUCAUUUUUUUCCCUGCAUAAAUCAUUUGCUUCAAUGCGUCUUGUGUCUCUCCUGUGAAACUGCACAGAGGACGUUUUUCUGCGGUGCAACAUUCAGUACUUUGGGGGGGUGAUAGGGGGGUCACAUUUGUCAUCUAAUCUAUGGGCAGAAAGUUAGUAGCGUAAUCCUUCAAACCCGGUGUGACUACACUGAGUCCAGAGGGUUCACUUUGACUGGCCUUAACUGGCAGGUCGUGGGCUCAGUGUCCAUCUGUCUGACGGGUCAUCACUUGAUAGAUUUUAAACCCCUGAUUAAAGCAAGCCUUUUUUCACAGUUGGGCUGUGUCCUCUGUAGUGUUCAGGCUGAUCAUAAAUGUCUUCCAUUAUCACACACUUAUGACCAAAGGUGACACACCGUGGAUUCACGCCCUAACUUUGUUUAGACACAGACGGCUCCGGCUGAACAAACAGUCUGAAGGUGGCGUCAUUUCACAACAAGUAUUAUUUUGAAAUAAGUGACAUAUCUUUGUUUUUUCUCAUCAAACGUGUGUGAUUAACGGUGACAUUUAAAGUGACAUAUUUUGUUUUAGUUUGGAAAACCUGUUUUAGUGCCCUAUGUCACAUGAUCCUGGGAGAACUCCCAGAAUUCAUUCUGUUUGAAGAGUUCCGUCAUCAAUCACAUUUCAUCCAGUACAAACCAAAAAUGUUGGACCAAAGACUCUCAGAAUGGUAUUUUUUCCCUUGUUUGUGUUGUUGUUCUGGAGAAGUCAAAUUAUUUGUGUUCACAUGUAUAGACUUGGAGAUCUGAUGCUGCGCUUCACUCACCGUUUUUUACUCUUAGUAUUAGUAUUCAGGAUGUAGACUGUUAGCUGCUACAAUUACUACAUUAUUGGAAUGCGCUAAUCAUUUCAGCACAGCUGGAACGCCGUACGGAGAAUGUUCCACAUCAAUGUUUAGGUUUGUUUUUAGAGAACACUUUUCGUUUGAAAGUGUUGCGUGAUGACGAACAAGAAGCACAAUAAUGUCAGUGUUAAUGUGUACAGUAUGUAAGUGUUCUUUCCUCUGGUGCUGUGGCGUGUCUGACUGUCCGUGUGUCACACUGGCUCAGCAGAUGCAUCAGGCGGAAUCACUGCAUGACACAAUUCCUCGCUUUGUGAUGAAAGCGCGCAACUGGCACUGACUCUACUUUCACUCUCGCUUGAUUCUUUGAAUGUGAUCCGUCUCUGCGAGCAAACACAAGAGCGGCCGUUAACGACGGCGUCCCUCCACCGUGCAGAGACAAAGCAAACGACUUUUUGUGUGAGCCUGAAUCAUCAUAUCCUCCCUUUAAUCUAUGCAGUUACUUUUUGCUCAGCUGCGCUGUGAGUGCACGUUGGUUAUUGUCGCAAUCUUUGUCCUGUCCGACACAUCAUUUAACUGCUAAAUGACAUCGAUAUUCCUCAUUAAAACUGUUGUUUGCUUUACCCACAGAGAACCAGCGGUCGGACCUGAACGUAGAUAUAGUCGGUUUUUAAUAAGUGCCUGAGAAUAUAAAGUUUACUCAGAUUCCCGCUGGUGUUUCUCUGAGAAGACUGUUAUUUCCAACUUCAGCGUUAAGUUACUUUGAAGCUGUUUAUCAUGUUUUCCAGCUGUAAAUAAGCAUUAAUGCCCUGAUUCUGAUUUUCGUUUUACUUCCAGACUGUAAACAUGCUGCAUUUUGUCGUUGCUGUACAAUCAGUUUAUGCAACAGCAUUUUUUUAACAUUCAUCUCACAGGCUCUAGUAUUACUGUAAUAGUCAUUUAAUGUUCUUAAUUCAGUUUGGUUUUUUUUCAUUUCAAAUUUUCAAAUAACCAGUUUGCAAUUGUUUGUUUAAUGAACAAAUUAAGUUAGUAUUAAUUUAAAUGUUUUGUUAAAUAAAAUAAUGUUAAACAUUUCAAGGUU